UUGACUUUCAAACAAUCAUCUUCUUUAAACAUUUGGUUAUGUCAAAUACGUAUCUCCAAACUCAACAUAUAGUGCUGUAUUGGGUUAAAUUUUUUAUCCAACUCAAAAAAAAAAAAUUACUUUUCUGCUUUGGCUUCUGGCUUCUGUGUUUUCUUUGACACGGGAGAACUGACGAAGAUUUUUAUUUUGACAAUGGACGAGGAACAGAGAAUUUAACCAGGUAAAGAAGGAAAAAAAAGUUUGGGUCGGGGAGGUCCCAGAGGAGAUCCACGUGGAACAUGAGGUGGGCCUGGCGGCGUCAGUCAAACACCAUCAAAACCUUACCAAGCCAACCAUGAACCCUUCUCUUGCUCUCCUUCAGAAUCUUACUUACAACCAUUACCUUCACUGUAAAAAAAUCCUUCCUUUUUUUGGGUUUCUUUCUCUUUUAAUUUUGAAACCAUAGAUAGAUAGGCCUUGAUUUCGUAAGCUCACAAGAAAUAAGAUUAAAAACUAAUAAAAAUGGUUCUUUUUUUGAGUUAAAAGUUUUUAGCAAAAAAAAAAAAAAAAGAAAAUGUCAGUGGCGGAGCUGAAAGAGAGGCAUGCGGCGGCGACGGAGACAAUGAACAAUCUAAGAGAGCGAUUGAGGCAGAGACGCCAGCAAUUGCUCGACACUGAUGUUGCCGGAUAUGCAAGCUCGCAUGGGAGGACUCCAGUUACUUUUGGCCCAACCGAUCUGGUUUGUUGCAGGACCUUGCAAGGUCACACUGGCAAGGUAUACUCAUUGGAUUGGACUCCAGAAAGGAAUAGAAUCGUCAGUGCAUCACAGGAUGGACGCUUAAUUGUGUGGAACUCUCUGACAAGCCAGAAAACUCAUGCCAUAAAGCUGCCUUGUGCAUGGGUUAUGACAUGUGCUUUUUCUCCAACAAGUCAAUCAGUUGCCUGCGGUGGUCUUGAUAGUAUGUGCUCUAUUUUCAACUUGAAUUCACCAACUGACAGGGAUGGGAAUCUACCAGUAUCAAAAACACUUAGUGGGCAUAAGGGCUAUGUUUCCUGUUGUCAAUAUGUUCCAGAUGAAGACAUUCACAUUAUUACCAGUUCUGGUGAUCGGACAUGUGUUCUAUGGGAUAUUACAACAGGCCUGAGAACUUCUGUUUUUGGGGGAGAAUUUCAAUCUGGACAUACUGCGGAUGUGCUAAGUGUCUCAAUUAAUGGAUCAAACUCAAGGAUGUUUGUUUCUGGUUCAUGUGAUGCUACUGCACGGUUGUGGGAUACUCGAGCUGCAAGUCGAGCAGUGCGUACAUUUCAUGGUCACGAGGGUGAUGUUAACACUGUGAAGUUCUUUCCAGAUGGCAAUAGGUUUGGAACUGGAUCAGAUGAUGGAACUUGCAGGUUGUUUGACAUCAGAACCGGUCACCAGUUGCAAGUAUACUAUCAGCAGCCUAGUGAUAAUGAGGUUCCUCAUGUGACAUCCAUUGCAUUCUCCAUUUCUGGAAGACUUCUCUUUGCUGGAUACUCAAAUGGAGAUUGCUAUGUAUGGGACACUUUAUUGGCAAGGGUUGUUUUGAACUUGGGAUCUCUCCAGAACUCACAUGACAGCCGAAUUAGCUGUUUGGGUUUGUCAGCUGAUGGUAGUGCCCUAUGUACAGGAAGUUGGGAUACAAACCUCAAGAUUUGGGCAUUUGGAGGGUACAGAAAGGUAAUUUGAGUCCUAAGACAGGAAAUCGUUUCCAUAUUGUGAGUCCUCUCCACCUCAGGCCCAUUCUUCCUGAUGCAGUCCUUCCUGCAGUGUCAUAUCUGGAAGAUCCUUUUGUAUUUCAGUCAUGUUCGUGCUUUGGGAAACCCUAAUCUUGUAACUUUCAUGUCCGAGAGCCAAUUCGAUUAGUGCAUGAAGAAAGAUAAAAGGUAGCGUUGCUUGAGAAGCUGUAUUGGAAGAAAGGUUGAUUUGCAAUUUCUUAGCUUUGCUCCUGAUUGUCAUAAAUUUUUGUUUUCCUCAUAGUAACAAUUAAUUGUACCCUGAGUGCUACCAACUAAAUUGUCUUUGACUUUGGUUUUAAUCCCUUCCCCCAAUAUGUGUAAUGUAACAUUUGUCUUUACAGCGGGUCAAUGCUUCUUAACUGUCCAGAUUGUUAUAGCUCGGGAUUAGGCCUCCUUUCUGUUUAAUCUCCCUCAUGGCAUUGUCUGUGUCCGAUAAUUCUAUCAACCAGAAGCCAAAACUCUAGCAAAACCCUUUUCUAAGUGUGAUGAAAGCCCCGAUACUUGCAAAGCGCAACUGAUUCAAUAAACUAAAUCUUCUGUAUAUCGUUCGUAGCAUUCAUCAUCCUUCGUUGACCUGUUUUUUAUCAGGAUUAGGAAGAGUGGAAAUAAUCGGUUGUUUUUUUCUUCUUUUUUCUUUGCCAAAGAGCGGAGAUCGAGUAUAAUCCAAUUGCACCUAAA